AAAAUUUUCUCUCAGUUCGAUCACAGCUCCCGAACCGACCGGAAUAGACAGCAACAGUAGAACGCUACGCGAAAAAAGGGGGAAGAUUUUGUGGUGGUCAGUCUAUUCCUGAUUGUUAGUUAGGUUUCGUUUCUUAUGAUUAUCUCUUUGCGAGGACUGCAGUUAUGUUAUUUAACAAGUUUCGCUGUUAACAGCUGGAUAGAAUCGGUUGAUUUUUUUGUUUGCUAGACAUACUGUGUAUUUUUUUUUUUGGUUCAAGUUCAAAACAGAUAUAUUCAGUGCAAGGACGAGCAGAGAGAUUGCAACGUUUUCUAGCGGGUGCGUUAUGUAAUUUUCAGCAGAGCGCCCUUCAGACCUAUAUUUUCAGAAAGUGUGCAGUUCCUUAAACAACCGUCGCCAUGAGUAGUCCCAGGAAGGACACCAACGUGGACAUGCAGUUACUUGGAAAACCAUCGUCUCCAUCUCGGAACGGGGAAAUGAUUGUAGACGAAAAUUAUGAUCCACAUUUGCACCGGAAUCGACCGCACCCAACGACCAAUUUUGAAACAUUGGUGCACCUUCUUAAGGGUUCACUGGGUACCGGUAUUUUGGCGAUGCCGCAGGCUUUCUACAAUUCCGGCUAUCUCUCCGGAGUGAUAAACACCAUACUGAUAGGCAUCCUGUGUACUUACUGCUUACACGUGCUGGUCCAGGCUCAGUAUGUCCUGUGCAAGCGGCACCGGGUCCCCAUUCUAACUUAUCCUAUUUCGAUGAAGAUGGCGCUUGAGGAAGGACCCCAGUGUUUGCGGCCGUUUUCACGGUAUGCCAUUGUGAUCGUAGAUGGAUUUAUGAUCGUCUAUCAGUUAGGAAUCUGCUGCGUAUACAUUGUAUUCGUGGCCACAAAUAUCAAGCAGCUCGUUGAUGUUUACUUAACGCUGGAUGUGAAAAUCCACUGUCUGAUACUUCUGGUACCGCUGAUAGGCAUUAACAUGAUACGUAACCUCAAAAUUCUGGCUCCUUUCUCUUCGUUAGCAAAUGUGAUCACGUUUGUCGGCAUCGGCAUGAUUCUGUACUACAUUUUGGAUGACCUGCCACCUCUUUCGGAGCGUGAAGCUUUUGCCGAUAUUGGAAAGUUCCCACUGUUUUUCGGUACAACACUCUUCGCACUAGAAGCAGUUGGAGUGAUAAUCGCGCUGGAAAACAAUAUGGCAACGCCGAAAUCUUUCGGUGGACCUUGUGGAGUCCUCAACGUUGGUAUGAUUGUUAUUGUGGCCUUGUACGCCGGAAUGGGUUUCUUGGGGUAUUUGAAGUAUGGUGCCGAGUCGUUGGGUAGUAUCACACUCAAUCUUCCUGAAAAUGAGAUAUUGUCGCAAAGUAUACGGGUUUUGUUCGCAAUUGCAAUAUUUAUUUCGUACGGACUGCAGUGCUACGUUCCGGUUGAUAUUAUUUGGAACGUUUAUCUCGUCGACAGAUACAAGGAUUCGAAUAAAAAAUUGGUAUACGAAAUGCUCGUACGCAUAGUAGUUGUCAUCGUUACCUUCCUACUGGCGGUUGCAAUUCCACGGCUCGGUCUGUUCAUCUCACUCUUCGGAGCUCUGUGCCUGUCGGCGUUGGGAAUUGCAUUCCCUGCCAUUAUGGAAAUUUGCGUGUUGUGGCCCGACAAGCUUGGCCCGGGAAAGCUAAUCCUCUGGAAGGACAUCAUUCUGAUACUAUUCGGUAUAAUCGGCCUUGUCGCAGGAACAUACACAAGUGUUCGGGACAUCGUUUACAGCUUUCAGUAGUUUUGUUUUCUUCUCAAAACCUAAGCAAUUUCUUCUCAGUGCAGAAGCGAGCUUACAAAUAGCACGCUGGCUAUGUAUAUAGGAUAGGAACUCACGAAUAUGAUAUGAAACAAUUAAAACCAACAGACUGUAGUUGUUUUUUGCUAUUAACUAGCAGAUAAAAUUAGGUCUAAUAUAGAACUAACCGCAAACUACCAUCGAAGCGAAAAGCUGGGCUGCAUCACUUGCGACUAGAAGAAUAUGCUUGUAUGUGGAAAUUGCUAGCAGCAAUGUAAAGUAGUUAAAAGUACUCUAGAUAAACAAUUACUGGUCAACAUAUCAUUUGCAUCGAUUGGAACUUGAAUCGUGCCUGUGUUAUAUUGAUUGAGAGAAUACUUGAAAAACUUCUCACCACCUUCUAAGCAAAGAUAUUAUCUUUCUGCUAAUCGAUUUCUGUCUAUAAGGUACCUAUAUUAUGGUGAAUUUGAUAAAAAAUUGUAUUGUGCUUUUGUGAUCGUAAAUAUAUAUCAUAGACACAUAGUAAUUGUAUUAGCUUUAUAAGAUGUCCCAAAGAUAUUUUCGGUCCAAGCCCUACGGAUGCUUGAAUAAUGAUAACAAUUACCGGAUUUUUGGACAUCUGCUGAGCAACCAAUAAACAUGCCAAAAUUCAGUUCACUGGCUAUCGGCGUAAUUCUUCGUUGUGUAAAAACCAACCUUCGUUGUUACUCCCAUCUACAAUUUUAUAAAAAAAAAUCAAUCUUUUUUUGUAAUCGUUUCAAUUUAUUUUGGCUAGCGUUUCCAAAUAAAUAAAUCUAUUGAUUCACAA